GAAAGAACACACACUGGAGAGGAGCCUUACAAAUGUAAUCAUUGUGGUAAAGCCUUUAAAAAAAACAGUCAGCUCAUACGGCAUAAAAGAACACAUACUGGAGAGAAACCUUAUGAAUGUAACCAGUGUGGUAAAGCCUUUGCACAAAACAGUCAUCUCAUAAGCCAUAAAAGAACACACACUGGCGAGAAACCAUAUGAAUGUAACGAGUGUGGCAAAGCCUUUGCACACAAUAGUAAUCUCAUAAGCCAUAAAAGAACACACACUGGAGAGAAACCUUAUGAGUGUAACCAGUGUGGUAAAGCCUUUGCAGAAAACAGUCAUCUCAUAAGCCAUAAAAGAACACACACUGGCGAGAAACCAUAUGAAUGUAAUGAGUGUGGCAAAGCCUUUGCACAAAACAGUAAUCUCAUAAGCCAUAAAAGUACACACACUGGAGAGAAACCUUAUGAGUGUAACCAGUGUGGUAAAGCUUUUGCAAAAAACAGUCAUCUCAUAAGCCAUGAAAGAACACACACUGGAGAGAAACCUUAUGAAUGUAAUGAGUGU